AGCGCUAGUUUCCUGCGUGUUUCUGGAUAAACCUUGUGUCCCGAACGACCCUAAACUUGUGUUAACAAAUAAUCUAUGGCACUUUUUAACUGAAUCUUGGAAAGAAUUAUAACCAAACAGAUCCCUGAAUUUGUAUUAAAGUGGUUUCAAGGCAUGAAAAGUGCAUUUUAAAGGGGAAAAUGGAAAUAAAAUUGUAACUAAAUGAGCAGCGUCACCACCCGACAUGGCUGACAGCUCCAGUGACAACAUGGAACCCGGGGGUAGUGCACAGAAGUGGCCCUCUGCAUUUCAGAACGAUUUACUGAGGUCUGCGGAGAAUGAAAUUACGGCCGACUUGAAGCUGGUGAAGCAGGAAUUAGAUGACCUAGUGAGCGGUGACACCAGCGGGACGAGCGACCCAGCCUCCAUGCCUGGGUUCACACUACCUGAUGAUGGUGUUGACGACUUCGGCUCAAACAUCACCAGUGACUUGUUUGGUGUGAUCGCUUCAGCGCGAGAGACGCUCUCCCACCAGCCUGACACCAACUUCCCAGGUGUGUGUGAUGAUCACUCUCCCUCAGCACCUGCUGCUGACUCCACCACCCACUACUCUCACGCUGCUACGUGCGCUCCGCCAGGCAGCAGUUCCUUGCACAUCACUGGAGAGAAUGUCAACGUGUUCUUAGAUUAUGGAGUUACCUGUCCACAGCAUUCAUUAGUCAGCCCAUCUUACCACUCUGCAUUCAACCCACAUUACUCCUCGAUAAGUCUGGCAAACAACGCCUCCAUCUGUCAUCCUGCCCAAAACUGUAGUGACUCCGGAAGCUCUGGAUAUUCUUCCAACAGCCCCAGUGCUCACUCCUCAACGAGUGAGUCUUCAUACUCUGCUUCUAGCCCAGGCACCGAGGUUCUGCCUCAAGAAUUUAAUAUCCACGACUAUGGUCACUACUCAGGACCGCCAGGGUACCAUCCAGCAGGGAUGCCACAAGGCCAGCACCUCAAUUAUUAUGGUCAAGUGCCAGGCACUACAGCGACAGGAGCCCAGCCAACGAGCUAUUACAUGCCACCAAGAACUGAAGUAUCUCAAUAUCCACAUAACACUUAUUUUAUGCAGUCAAGCCCUAACGGAGGCCAACCAUCACAGUUCAGUGAAACUAAACAUCACAAGGGAAGAACUAAUCCCCCUUCGAACAUCCUAGCAGAAGAGAAUUCAGAUCUUAAAGGUGCUUUUCGCGAUUCACGAAACAGCUCUUCCUCUCCGGCAUCUUCUAAGGUGUCUGUUCCUACGGCAUUUAGAAACCCUCACAGCAACUUAAUAUCAGUCCCUCCAUCAGCGUUUGAUAACAGCAGCCGUCCUGUGUUCAGUCAUCCUCAUGGUACACUUUACCCCUAUGACCCAGCUAUGGGCUCUACCUCCUCCCCAUUGUCAAGAGUAGGCGAGAACGCUACUUUGAAGCCAUUUAUUAGGCCAAGAGACCCCCAGACCUAUUUUCCUAGUGCUACCCCCAUAAAACCUAAAACGAAUGUCUCCGUGCAUAUAGCUCACCCCCCUCCUCCUACUCUGUCUAGAACUCUCCAGGUUACAUUUCACUCUCAGAUUGUACCUCAAUCUGCCUCUAACUGCACUUCUUCCUCAGCGCUCCAGCAACUGAACAGCCUUCCCUCCAUCUCUGCUUCCUCUCCCAGCACAAACUCCACAAGUCAGAUGGAUCAGGCUGAGGACGUGAAGCAGCGCUUCAACGUCCAGAGCGAGAACAGUGGUGUCAGUAGCAACGUAUUCAACCAGAAGCGGUCACUACCAACACCUCGAGUCUUCAACCCUGGGCUCAAAACUACUUGUGAAGAGUGUGGUGUCACGGUGGCGUCGACAGGGCAUCUCGAGCGCCACAAAGGGGCUCAUGGCGCAGAUCGACGCUUCCGGUGCCCGGCAUGCGACUGUUCUUUCAGUCGAAAAGACAACUUGCACAACCACCUCGCGCGCGCUCACGGGAUAGGGCAAGUAAUUCCUCGCAUCAAUAACAAACGCAAGAAAUUAAACAUCGUUCAAGGUGGCAAAGUGUGGUAAAGGACUCGCUCCCGUUGUUCAAGAUGUUACUCGGAUCAGUCUAACUGUUGUGAGUGGAGGACGGUACAGGUGUGUCAACACCGUUGGAAAGAUUUAAUGUGAUGCAACUAUGCAUAUUAUCUAAGCUAAUGGUUAUUUAAGUUUCAUCAUUUCCUAAUAUUUAAAUCUGCAGAUUCAUGGCGUGUUUCUGCUCCAGAAAUAUGAUUAAUUAAAAACUGAGAUUUUGUCUAAGGUAACAACUAAUGUCAAGUGGUGACUGUUUAUGACAAGUGUGUUUUCUUUGGUUUGGUUUCUAAGGUCUAACCUGAGAACAUUUAACUUCAAGAGAUAGAAGUUGAUAAACUCCGGAUUACCUGGCACAGCAAAAAGAGCAGAGUUAUUGACGCCUUAUUAAGACUAGGAAAUAAAUAUAUAUUUGAGCAGUAAAUGAUUCAUACUUAAUUUCUCGAAGAAUUAAAGUUGGUGUAAUUGUUUACCCAGGAACCCUUAAAACGGUAUACAAUGCAAGCCGCUCAAGGUUACUUGACUCCAUUAGUAUGUCCUUUAAUAUUGAAAAGUUAAAAACAAAUUAACUAAUUAACCUCUUUUCGUAUGUAAUCAAACCACACCUGGAGUACUAAUAUAUAUAAUCAAGACAAAUACUAUUACUUAUAUCAUUUAUUUAUAAUUAUUUUCUUCUUAGACUUUAAUGAAACACAGCUACUGAUAAAAAAAAGGCACAAUACACAAAUAACCCGC